AUGUCUACUUCAACUUAUAGCAAUGGUGAACAAGUAGGUUCACUUGCCAUUGUGGUGGCAGUAGCAGCUGGAGCUGGAAUAGCAGUUGGUCUGUUAUUUGGUUUCACCUUUCCACCUCUAGGAAAAUUCAAGGGAUAUAGACUUGAACCUGUAAUUAAAAAAGUCUAAGUGCCAUCUUUGAUAGUAAUGAUUAUAUUGGGUUGCAUUGCCAGGAAUCUUUUCGGUAAGGUGAUGGAUGCUUAUCCAACAUUAUGGACUUCUUACAUCAGAAGUAUAUGCCUGUCGAUACUGCUAAUUAGAGGAGGAUUACAAGUAACUUUUCAGGGAAAGGGAUUGAUAGUGGCAUUUUUAGCGUUCGUUCCACAGAUCUUUGAAGCAGUAACGAUAGCUCUGAUUGCAUAUGGAUUAUUUGAUAUGCCGAUGUCCUUGUGCUUUGCGAUGGCUUUUACCAUUUCAUGUAUAAGCCCCUCAGUUAUGGUUCCAGGCCUAAUCAAUCUCAGUGAUAAGGGCUACGGAAAAGAGAAAGGAAUUAUCAGUUCUCUUAUUGCUGCAGGUACUUUUGAUGAUAUCAUAUGCAUUAUAUGCUUUGGUAUCUGUAAGACAAUUGCUUACAAUGACGGUAAAAUGAGUUCGGAUAAAACUCUAGAAGUUGCUAUUUACGUAUUGAUUCUUGAAAAUAUUGCUGGAUUAGUAGUAGGAUUUAUAAUGGCAAUGGUUGGCAAUAUCUUCAGACUCUUCCCAAAAACUUGGGUAACUAUGCAUCUUAAGAUGUGGUAUUGCAUUGCUUGUGCUAUUGCAUUCGUCAUCGCUGGAGAGCAGUCAAAAUGGACUAAUUCUAAAUAUAUUGCUAGUUUGACUUUUGGAUACUGUUCCUAUAGGGUAUGGGGUGAAGAUAAACCUACCAGGGAACUAGGAUGGUUUUGGUGGUUUAUUACACCUCUAUUUUUCGGUUCAGUAGGAGCAGCAUUACUUUUCAAGACCAUCAGAAAUAGUGAUAUAGGGUAUGGUGUAAUAUGUAUUAUUUGUGGACUUAUAAUCAGAUUGAUCGUUGUUAUUAUUCUGGCUCAGUUCCCUCGAGGAUAGCUCAACAAUAGAGAGAAAGCAUUUAUGGCAUUCGCUUGGCUACCCAAAGCAACUGUUCAAGCAGCAUUGAGUGCGGUAAUUUUGAAUGAUGCCAAAAAACAGAAAAAUGUUGAAAUGGAGCAUUACGGGAACAUUAUUCAGACAGUUUCUAUCUUUUCCAUCGUAAUCUGUGCCCCUAUUGGAGCUGUUUUGAUAUCCACUUUUGGUCCCUUAUUUUUAUCAUAAUCUAAGAAAUAAGAAGAAACUAUCUAGAUCGAGGAUGAUGAUAAGUAGAUUGAGAUGAAGGAUAUGGAAAUUGAAGUUGAGACCUCGAAGAAGAAAGACUAAAGUAUCGGUCCAGGCGAGUAUUCUAGAAAACUUGAAGAAACUGUUGGAGGAAUCGACAUUGCUGAUGAAGAUAACCAAGAAAACAUGAACACUUAUAGUAGCCCAAUGAAACUCAAGAUGGAGUUCUGA